GGAGAAAGUUGACAGCAGCGGUUCCUAUUGCUAUUCUAUGGUCUUUUCUAUCUUUUUCCAGGUCCUAUCUCGAGCAGGAUCACUCUGCUCUUUGAUGCUUGGGAUUCCCAUUCAAGAACCAGUAACUCAUCGUCUGGUUCACGCGGAUCAGAGCCAUCGAGUCCAUAAUAACUGUUACAUCGGUAUAUGUAAGGGACAUCUUAUGAGUUCUUUCGACAGUUCCGGUUAAACUUAAUUUAAGAACAGAAAUCAAAUUAUUGAAAUCUAUAUUUUUUUCUUUAAGAAAUUGCAGGCCCGAUUUUGUAGAAAGAAAUAUAUGCUGUGUCCCGACUAAGCCUUAAUGCCUAAUGUAGGAUACAUCUCUAUAGUAUUUGGCCAUGGAUAUUUGGUCGAUUAAAUAUACUGUACGUUGAUGAAUAUUGGAAUAGCCAUAGUCUUUAGGCUACGUCCAAAACAAAGCCCAACUAAAACACUAGUGGGCAUCCACAGAUCAGCUCUUCUCUCUUUUCUUUUAUUUCUCGUGAUUAGCUUCACAUGUUCCCAAUUCUAAUUCUUGUUCUGUAAUUCCUGUUUCAAUACCUCCCGUAUAUAAUUAUGUUCUCGACCGAACUCAUGCGAAUAAAUGUAGAGUCGUUACAGUAAGGAGGGUCAAAUUACGGCUGCAGUACAACGUUUGAUAACGAUGUAACAUUUGAUAGAUCUUUGAUGAAUCUGCGUCUUUUACCUUAAGUAAUGUCUCUUUCUCGCUUUAACAGCUUCAAAAAAUUGUAUAAAUUAAUCAAAAACUUAUUUAGUGGGGAGAGAAUAUUAAUUUGUUAUUAGUUUUUGUAUCUAUUUAUUUAGUGGGGGAGAGAAUAUUAUUUUGUUAAUAGUUUUAACGUUUAACCGGGGGUGUACGAAUAUCAUUUGCGGUUGCAGUAGAUGGUUUUGGAUUAACUAUAAGUUAGAGAAUGUAUGUAUCAGAGGAUGAUCGGUCACGUCUCACGAGAGAUCCAUUCUUGAAGCUCUCACAUGUUUCCCAUUUUAUCUUCUCCGUUCUCUCGUGUUUCUUCACAGAUGGAGACGUUUAAUCAAAUCAUCUUUUAAUUGAAAAAAAUCAAUCAUCCAAACACAAUCGUCUCUUAUUCUAUUUUUCGAGAUUAUUUUUCAAUACAUUUAUAUAUCUUAUAUGUAGAUUUGUACUAUGUAUUAAGUAACUGUACCCCCAAAAUGAUGUACCUGGAAUUUAAUACGUAAGUAAAAAUCCAGUUCACUAUGAUCGAUCACUUAAAAAAAUGUUGAGAAUUAUAAGGAAUUAAUUGUCAAAUUUAUAUUAGAAAAGAUAAACUUUACAAAGAUGACAGAAAAUUAAACUAAUGUUUUUUCCUCCUAAACCAUACUUGAUCCUCUCUUAAUUUACCACAAACUAUAAACUUUUUCAAGAUGCUUAAAUGUUUAAACUAGUUGAAAAUUUCGUCAGAGCAACUAUUUUUAUUGAUGUCUUGGACUAAUAUAAUUUUUUUUUACUGAUAGUACGUAUACACAUUGAAUUAUUAUGUCUACACAUUAGAUAUUUCCUGGCGACAAUAACCUAAAAGAUAUACUUGUUAAAUAUAUUUUGAUCCAAUAGUUUUGGUUUCCUUAAUAAAUAUGGUAAGUAUAGCUGCGUGUAUGUACGUAUGUAAAGGAAUAAAACAGUAUAUAUUAUAUAUAGGCCUACGUAUAAAGAUUGGUGCAGUGCACACUCCACACAUAUAAAUAACGUUACCUCAACAAUAGAAACAAGACACAUAACAAAUUCUAUCCGAUUCGUUCCGAUCAAGAACACAGUUAUAUAUGUUCUUCUGUCUUUUCUGCAACUUCUUGUCUCUCAUCUUCUUCUUUUCUUGUCCCUAUUAUCUCGCUCAUCCCUAUCUAUCUAUACGGAUACCAAAACAUUAACUACAAAUGACUCAAAAACUUUUAUCUACAAAGAUUUUUUGUCUAUUAAGGAAAUACAAAUAAAUUAUGAUGAAUUAAUCAAAUGUUAUGAAAGAACAUAACAAUUUUGACAAAGAUGGCGGUUUACAAUUGCCAACAACGUUAGUAUAUAACAUGUUUUCCAACUCUUUGAGAACAAAAACUUUGUUUACUUUGUUGGUCAUUUGGAGAUAAAAGUACAUGUUAAGAUAUUAUAUUAUAUCUGUAUAUUUUUACUAUUAACUUUUGUGUGUGUGAAUAGUUAAUAGUAUCAAAUUUCAUUAAAUAUCCUUUGAAAUGAAUAACAAAACGCUAAAUAAGUGAUUUAAUUAGAUACACUAUUUUAAUAAUUUUAAUCAUAUAUAGAUAUAAAUACAAUUGCAAACGCCAACACCAUUCAAAUAAUUAAGUACUUCCAAACUCUUUGAGGUAAAAAACACUUUACUAUUUAAAAUGAUUAAAUCUCAGUAACAAGAAAGUAAUAGUCUUCAAUUGUUUGAAGACGAUAACACUUUUUGUUUACUUCAACUAAAUCAAUAUCUAUAAUAAUUAUAUGCCAAACAGACUUUCUUAAAACAUAAAUUGGACCAUGUGCAUUUGCUCACAUAUACAAAAACAUCUAAGAUUUUUGUAGAAGUACAAAAUUUAACAUCUAUAUAUAAAUAUACACCAUAUGAACCCCUUUUACCAACUGUUAUUCCAUCUCUCUCUUCUCCUGCUAGUUAACCUAUUUCAUUCAAACCAAAAAAAAAAAACUGAAAAGGAACAAACUUUUCUUCUUCCCUUGUUCUCUCAUCCCAUCUCAACAUGUCCUCCCAUACCAAUCUCCACUCUCCUAAACCGGAUCACGGUAUCUCCGGUACAUCCCAUACCAAAAAACCACCGUCUUCCUCCAGCUCUCAAGACCAACAAACCCUAAAGUGCCCUCGCUGCAACUCCUCAACCACAAAGUUUUGUUACUACAACAACUACAACCUCUCUCAACCUCGUCAUUUCUGCAAAUCUUGCCGCCGUUACUGGACACGUGGCGGUGCCUUAAGAAACGUCCCCAUCGGUGGCGGUUGUCGGAAAACCAAAAAAUCAUUCAAACCUAACACAUCAACUCCUUCUUCGUGUCAGAGAUUUUACUCUUCAGUCAUGGAAGAUUCCUCCAAGUUUUUCCCUCCUCCAACAACAAUGGGUUUUCAACUUAUGAAUAAUCAAGUUCUUGGCCUUAGGCCCAUGGAGCAGGCCAAAACAACACCCGUUGAUGUCAGGUCGGGAUUAUCGUUAAUGGGUUUCGGAGACUACAGCAACCAUUCUCCGGCGACUUUCUCAACCGCAGGAACCCUAGCUACUUCUAUAGAAACUUUGAGUUGUUUAAACCAAGAUUUACACUGGAAGCUUCAGCAACAGAGGAUGGCUAUGCUUUUUGGUAACUCUAAUGAAGAGACCGUCGUUGUCGAGAGGCCACAGCCGAUUCUUUACCGGAAUCUAGAGAUCGUGAACUCGCCGCCGACGAAGAAAGGAGAGAAUCAGACAGAAUGGUAUUUUGGUAAUAAUAAUGAUAACGAAGGGGUCGUUAGUAACAACGAUAAUAAUAAUAACACAGGAGGAAGUGAUCAAUGGAACAAUGGAAUUCAAGCUUGGACUGAUCUUAAUCAUUAUAAUGCUUUGCCAUGAUUCUUGGUAAGUUAAAGAAACUAUACCUAUGUGAUCAAUAGUAAAAUUAUGUAUCUUAGCAUGUUUACCAAAAAAAUAUUUAAAUGAUGUGUGUUUGUGAUGUAAUGCCAAAAUGUAUUUUUGUUUGGAGUUAGCUUUUGUUGUUGUUGGUUAGGGGGUGGGGUGAAAAAUUUCAAGAAUGGAGACAGAUUCUACAAUAGAUUCUCUAGGUUUGUGAUUUGUCUGUAUUUUGAAGUAUUUCAAUGUUGGGAAAACUAGAAACAUGAUUUACUGUGCUUAAAGCUUAAUUAUUGGGAGACUCUUCUUGGUUUGGUGGUGAAAUUCUCAAUUAAUGACUAAAUGGGUGGUUGUUAUCCCAAGGUUUAAUUAAUUCGAAUUUUUCUUCAAACGUCAUUUUCAAUGAGCAGAUAAUUUUUCAUUGGGAUUGGUUUUAUAGUAGUACUACCUUUUAAAUAGUUGAUCAAAAAGCAAAAAAAAAAAGUACUGCCUUUUAAAUGAUUUUUACUUUAGCUGAGCUUAAUUAUACACACGUUGAGCCAAGUACUAUAACUGCCCCGCCCAUCCACAUCAAUUGUAAGAGAACUAGUGAAUAUUAAAGUCUCACUAAUUAGUGUGUAAUCUUUUCUCCGUUCCUAAAAUAUUUAUAUUAUAGAGAAAACUUUUGUUUCAAAAAGAUACAUAUUUUAUAUUUACAAUAUAAUUUUUGACAACUAAUAAUGAGAAAUUUUGAAGUUCAAGAACAUUAAUUGCAUUUGUUAAAAUCUUAUUGGUUAAAAAAUAUAGAAAAUAUAAACUUACAAAAAACUAUGCAUUUAUAGCUAAAUUUUAAUAUGUUUUAUUAAAAAGUAUAAAAAUUCUAAAACAUGAAUCUUUUAGGAACGAGAGAGUAUUCGUUACAACAUUGAUAGCCAUGUUGUAAAAUUAUAGAUUGAUGUUACAUUAGAAAAAUUGUCAGUGAAGUCUGGUCUAACUAAUGUAAAUACAAGCAUAUAGCAUCUUAUUAGACACUGAACUAUGUCGAGUCUACGUGAAACAUAAUGAUCAGGCCUUAGUUCUUUUGCAGCCUCUUUUUAACCCCAUAUUUAUAUUCUCUCUUCAUCAGAGCCGGUCCUUGUUAGAAGCGAAUGAAACAUCGCCUUGCAGCCGCUAAUUAGUAAGUAUAUAACCGGUCACAUGAUUUCCAAAAAUGUUAUUGGUCUAGUAAUUAGUUGUGCGAUCUAGCAAGGGGAGAGGCUGGGUUCAAAUCCCAUAAUGUUAAUCAUUUUUUUUACAAUUUUUUCAGCCAUUUUUUUUGUUUUGUGCUCGUGGCCUUGAAAAGUCUAGGAUUGGCUAUGCUCUACAUACAUAUAUUAUACACAUGAACACAUACGUAUAUGCAAAUUUGUAUUAAACACAAAGUGUCUUACAUCGGUAGUUGAACGGGAUUAUAAGCAAUAUAUAAGAUAGAUGAGUUCACUUAUUACCAAUUGGUUUAGGUUGGAAGUUCAUCUAGCUUAACAUAGUAUCAAAACAUAAUUUACGUAGUCAAACCCGAUCCAUCGAUCUUGUCUAAAGUUGGCUCAUCAAUCUUUGCCCGAACAUUCCGAAAUUAACAAUAGCCAUCAUCUCGAGAAGGUGUAUUAAACACUAAGUGUUCCACAUCGGUAGUUGAAAAAAAAUUAUAAGCAACAUAUAAAAUAGAUGAAUCAAUCUACUUAUUACCAAUUGAUUUUAGGUUAGAAGUCCAUCUAACUUAACAAUUUAUUAGUGUGUAUAUAUGAACAUCUUAUUACUGAUGCAUGAAAGGUCUGCAAAGGACUUGUGUCUUAUGCAGAAGUAGGAGACAUGUGCAAAACGGACAAGUUCAACGAAAUUCGAACGUGGAUGUUUCAAUUAUUGCACCGUAGUGUUAAAUUGUCAAAAUUAAUACACAACAUUACAUGUUCUGGAAAACUAUAUAUAGCUUUUAAAUACAAAUGAAGAUGAUCGCGAGUUCACUUUUGUGGGUUCUGGAAGAAUAUUAACUUGUAAAUAAUAAUUUACUUUAAUGUUUUUAUUAAUCUUUUAUUUUAGCCACGCAUGCAACGUUCUUUACUCAAAUUGCUUUUGACUACGAAGGAAACUGUCCCUCUAUGUGAAUAAUCUUUCCCAUACUUAUUAAGUACCAAUAACAUUUCAUCAGUUUUUAUUAAAUCAAAUUGUGUUUGUUUGUUAACUCAAUAUAAUGUGGUAAAAAUAGUAAUUUAUAAAUAAUCAAAACGAUAUAGUAAUAAACGGUAUAAACAUUAACAUUUAGUCAAAUGCUAACAUAACAUAUGAAUGCUAAAAUAACAGAUAAGCUUACUCAUUUUAGAGUUUAGUUCUAUGACUUUUAAGUUUUAGAGACAAAGCUGAGUUCAUCAUACAGCAGAAAAUAUAAAAGAUUCACAAGACUAAUCAAAUUUUGAUCAAUCUUUUUCUUUUAUCUAAAAAUCAGUAUAUCGUUGAUCCAUAUAUGUAUAUAACACACAUCUACAAGCAUUAUUAUUUUUAGGUUCCGAUCACUUUUAUAAUGUUUAAUCACUUAAAAGGCAAUGUUAAUUUCGUCCCAAGGAAAAGAGAGGCGAUGUUGGCACUUUUGCGUACUGUACGAUUUACUUUAGAGCUUUUUAUGAUUGAUCAUUAGUAAAGUUCGCUCUACACGAUUUUUCAUCCUAAAGAACAUUAAUUGUCUUUCGGACAACCUUCAAUGUUUGUUUCCUUUAUUAAGCCACACAGCAAGCCCACAUCAAGCCCAAGACUAUGUUAUUGGAGAAGUCCAUGUAACUAGGGUUCUAGCAUUUAGAUUUAUAUAAAUAGUAGUUUAAGGUUUUGUAAAACUCAACUUUGGCUGCGCUUUCUAGCAGCCUCUCUUCUCAUCUUUAUUAAGCAUCAAUAUAACUCUUGAAUC